GCAUGGGGCCAGAACUAUUGUGAUGUCUUAAUUCUGGAAAUUCCUGGUUUACUCACAGUAUAUAUAUAAGCACGAUGAUUUCUGCAAUUGACAGCAAGUUUCCGCUGAUAGAGCAGCCAGUCUUACGCUCACCAGAGGCCUACACUGAAUAAAAGCAGAUUAUUUUGUCACCAACACAGACAUAUCUACUGCAGUCUUCGGGCCCUUGAGGAACAGAAAGAAAGCAAGACACCUACUGAGACACGUGUCAACCCCUGAACAACAGACAAACUUCUCCAACAUCUAUAGUCAUGGGACUCGAGAGAGCAGAAGUUAAGACUCUGUAUGAGAAAGAGGGCUAUGUGACCGGCAUUCCGAUCCUCAGCCCUGAGGAGCUGCAACAAGCCAGAGAUGCCUUUGCUGAGCUGGAGAGAAAGUUUGGUGUGGAUUAUACUGCCUACAGCCUGCACAAUGUGCAUAUGAAGUACAGCUGGGUAAUGGCACUAGCCAAACACCCUAGAGUUCUUGAGGUGAUCACUGCAGUCCUUGGUCCUGAUGUUCUCCUGCUGGACUCCCGCUUCAUCUGCAAAUACCCAGUCUCAAAACAAAGCAAAACCCAAGGGAGCAACCAAGAGGAUGAGGACCAGAAGAAUGGAUCUGAAGAAGAAAGUGACUCCAUACUUCCGUACGUGGCCUGGCAUCAGGACAUGAAGUAUUGGGGACUUGAUGGAGGGCCAGUUGUCUCAGUCUGGCUUGCUUUGGAUGACUCACAGGAAGAAAAUGGUGCCCUACAGGUCAUUCCAGGAAGUCACUGCUCUGGCCUUUUGCCCCAUCGCCAAGCCAAGCUCUCAGGCAACAUGCUGAGUGUUAAUCAAGAAAUCCCAGAGGAGCUGGUUGAGAAAGAGAAGGCCUUGCUCUGCCCCCUUUUCGCAGGGCAAAUGUCUAUCCACGAUGGACUCCUGGUGCAUGGCAGUGAUCCCAACACAUCAGGAAAGAGGCGUUGUGGCUUUGUGAUCCGCUAUGUUCCUACUGAAGCUUAUCCAAUUCAGGAUCCUGAACGCCCAAGGUGUUUCCAUGCCACAGUAGUGGUUAGUGGACAUGACAAGUAUAACCACUUCUCAAGUCAAAAACCUGAACUGUGAUUUAACUGUGACUGAAAUGCUUGAUCAGGUGUAGCAUGUAACUGUCUGUACUGUAUAUCGGACACCUGAAAUUACCUCUCUACUUUCUACUCUCUACUCUCUACUCUACUCAUUAUUUUACUGAUAAUAAAGGGUUUGAAAUUCA